AUGGAGGAGGGUUUCAGAGCUCCGCCACUCGGCAGCGCAGCCGCCGGCCCCGAGCCUCCCGUGCCGCGUUCUGAAAACCGAACGCCGGGGGAUGGCCGGGCCGGGGCGGGUGAGGGGCGCUCGGGGGCCGUUGCUGGCCCCGGGCUGAGCGCUGAGAGCCGCGUCCCGCCCGCAGGGAAGGCGCAGGAGGCCCUGCAGGAGCGCUACCGCCUGGGUUCCCUACUGGGGCGCGGAGGAUUCGGCAGCGUCUGGUCAGCGACGCGGCUCUCGGACGGCGCCCCGGUGGCCAUCAAACGCGUGCCGCGGGAUCGCAUCCGGCACUGGAGCGAGCUGCCUGACGGCACCAGCGCGCCCGUGGAGAUCGUGCUGCUGGCCAAGGUGUCCUGUGACUGUGCUGGUGUCAUUCAGCUCCUGGAGUGGCUUGAGCUCCCCGACAGCUUCUUGAUGGUGCUGGAGCGUCCAGAACGGUGCCAGGAGCUGUCGGAUUUCCUGGCGGAGCGGAGGUUCCUGCCGGAGGAGGAGGCGCGGGGGCUGUUCCGCCAGGUGCUGGAGGCCGUGCGGCACUGCACCAGCUGCGGGGUCCUGCACAGGGACAUCAAGCCUCAGAACAUCGUGCUUGACCUGGCCAGCGGGCAGCUGAAACUGAUCGACUUUGGCUGUGGCGCUUUCCUCCAAGACACAGCCUACACCCAGUUUGCAGGAACCCUGGCCUACAGCCCUCCAGAGUGGACCCAGCACCAAAGCUACCAUGGCGAGGCAGCGACAAUCUGGUCCCUGGGCCUCCUGCUGUACCAGCUGGUUGUGGGGAAGCACCCGUUCAGGAGGGGCCAGGAGAUCAUCUGGGGGCGCAUCUUGUUCCCACCACGGCUCUCUCAAGAAUGCCAAGAUGUCAUUAAGAGGUGUUUGUCCAUGCAACCCUCGGACAGGCCAUCAUUAAAAGAGCUUUUCUGCCAUCCUUGGGUGCAGGGUGCUCCUCGGCCCUAGAAGAUGAGAGAGAUCCAUGUGCACAGUUGGAUCCAGGGGCCUGGCAGGGAAGGAGAAGGAGCUCCUGGAGAAGCUGUACCAGGUGGGGCUGCUGCUGGAGACAGCAAGGACAACCUCAAGGACAACAAUCUCUUCCUUGGCCUGGCCAGCUGAAGAUGAUGGACUUGGAUUCUGGCAGCUUCUCUAAAGACACACUCCACACCCAAUUUUCAGCCAGGCUCUGCAGAUGCUGAGGCUGCUCUGGGCUCUGGCAGGGCUCUGCUGGAGCUCAGCACCGGGCUGGAAUCAGCCAAAGAAGAAAUGGUGUCACCUGCAGCACAGACUUGCUUGAGCAUUUUGACAACGCAGCUCAAGUUUGCAGCGUGGACACCUCCAAUGGAAAACAUGACACCUCCCAAAAAUUAAAAUCGUUCAAUACCUUCUGAAAUCAAA